GCAGUUCUGGCCAAGCCGGCAAAAGUGACGAAAGACAACCGAGUGACGUCGCGUAUUUGUGAAAAAGCGAGUGAUCCACGAGCUCCAAACUUACGAUACAUAAACGCAGCCUUUGGAAUUUUCCUCACUUAACAGUCAACCAGUAUUUUCUGCACAACUGGGGAAAUGUUUUGGAGCAGCAGCAUAUGAAGUAAUUAGAGGCGGUACUAAAAAUCGUCCAUAAACGUCAAAAGACAAACAUUUUCGCGGAAGAACAACUGCAAGGCAGUGCCAUCGACGUUUUCCAGGCAACAUGUUGCCGGCAGAAGCCACCACAAGCGGCAGCAGCAGCAGCGACAACAGCAACAUCGACUGACAGCAGCAACACAAACAGACAGCAGCAACAUCCGAGCAUUCAGUCGCAAUUCUGACGAUUGCGUGACGCGUUCGCUUCGCGGCAAUGAAAGAGAUAGGAAGUCUUAAGAAGAAAGAGAACGAAACAGUGGCGAAGACAAAGUUUCAAGUGCAAAGUAUAAAUUGAAAAAACACAAACAAGAAAUCAAAAUACGUAACAAAGUGCGUGCCAACUCGAAGUAAUAUUUUAAAAAUAAAUUUGAAUAAAUUACGUAAACAAUUCCGAAAAAAAGCGGAUUUAAGGAAUACAAAUUAGCAUAAUUUAGUAAGGACUUGCAGAGGCAAGCAAACAUUCGCUUCGCACUUAAUUAGUGUCUAAAAGCGUUGACAAUGUGGCAGACACUAUCAGCUUUUAGCACAUCACUCAGGGCAACAGGAACAGCAGCAACACCAGCAACUUGCAACUGUGGCCACAACUUGGAAAACGCGGAAAUGCAAAGUCACAUGUUGCCAUCAGCAGACAUCGCGACAACAGAAUUGCGUAGGUGUUGCUGUCGCACAAAAAUCACCCGCAGCAACAGCAGCAAUAGUUGCAACUACUACAGCAACAUACUGCAAUGGCUAUUGCUGUUGUGCCUUUUAUGUGAUUUGGGGCAGGCGGCGCUGCGUGACGUGAAUCUGCUGGUGGAACCACCGGCGGUGCGGAGGGGGCAAUCGGUGGCCCUGCGGUGCAACUACCAAUUGGAGGAGGCGCCUUUGUACUCCAUCAAGUUCUACCGCGGCCAGAUGGAGUUCUAUCGCUACACACCGGGCGAGUAUCCGCACACCAAGGUCUUUCAGUUCCCGGGAAUCCGAGUGGACGAGAACGGCUCGAAUGCCACCGUGGUCCUCAUUCGGAACGUUAGCUUCGGGCUCUCCGGACAAUUCAGCUGCGAGGUGACGGCGGAUGCACCGCUCUACUCCACGGCCACCGCCUACGCACAGAUGCAAGUUGUGGAAUUUCCAGAGAAGCGUCCUCAGCUUUUCACAGAAAACACAAGAUAUGAACCCGGCGAUGUUUUACGGGCCAACUGCAGCACCUUACCAUCUCGACCUCGAGCCGACCUUCGUUUUACCAUUAACAAUAUUCCUGUCAGCUCAGAGGAAACGCAGUACAUUCGGACGGUGGAGAACCUGAUUGCAUCCCGGCUCAGCCUAAAGCUGCAGCUGCAGGCGAUUCACUUUGUGGCCGGCCUCAGUGGCCAUGGAAAUGGAAAUGGUAAUGGCAAUGGAAAUGGCAACGGCAAUGGCCUCACAAACGCACUGCACCUCGGUGGAACUGGAAGUGGAGGAGGUGGAGGCGGAGGUGGGGGACUCAUCCUGCGAUGUACGGCGCAAAUUGGCGAUCUCUAUCAGGAGUACAAGGAAAUCGAGCUGGGCACACCGCAAAAGGAUCCGGUGCCGGCCAGAGUGACGUUGUCGUCGGGAACCGGACUCCGUGGCUUUCUGGAGACCUACUUCGCCACAUCUUCGGCCAACAGCAAUUGGAGGGGGCGGGGGCGUGGCCAUUUGCGUGGCCACGGUGCUUACCCUGCUAAUUACAGGUAGCUAAAUCGGGGGCAAGUCGGAUUUGGCCGGAAUGCAUGGACUUGGAUGCGGGGAUGUGUGCGGCUUAUCGAACAGCGAUGGAAAUUGGGGAGUCCUCGGCCGUAAACUGCAUUAUUUAUCUAUAUCGAAUGCAAUUUAAAUUACACACACACAGAUGCGUUGUCCAUGCGAUUCCCGUUAAGCUCACACAUGCACACUUAAGCCCAAUGUAACUGUAAAUAUUUGCUUUAAUGAUGUGAACGGAUACACGUAAAUGAACUCGCACUCACACUCACACUCACUCGCUCACACACACACACAUACACACACGACACGCGACUAAUUGUUAAUUAAUGGAUUAUUUAAUGAUGCAUAAAAUAUUGGAUAAAAUAUUAAUGUUUCAUUUGCAUUUAGCUUCCACCCAAGCGAAUAUCAACUUAAUGUUUAAGCGGAGUAAAAAUUUAAAUCGUCGAUACGAUUGAAAGAAAAAAACUUUACAAAAAUGUAAACAACUGAAAUGCCAAUGUUAAGACAAAACCAAAAACAUUCAAACCAAAAUAAACAACCAGUAAUAAUCAA